CUUGAAUUUGGUGUUUCUUUUAUUGCUGCAGUCAUGUGUUUCGAGAUACAACGGAAUAGAGCAUUAUUCUAUGUCUUUAUGCCGUAGUAAACAGUAGAAUCAGAGUUCUGCUCCUCCAUCGCGCCGCAGCAAAUUUCAUCUUCAACUCGACCUGCUUCUUCAAACACAGAACAGAUCAACAGACAAAUGGACUCAUAAACAAUAACAAAUGUCCCUCGAGACAGAGCACCGCGAAAUACUCGUCCGCGUCCUCAACCUCGCGCUUCUUCGCUCAGACCUCGCGACCGCCCGACGCGCAAUCGCCCUCCUUCUGCGCACCCGGCCGCCUCCUCCGCGCACGCGCUCAGUCACAACCCACACCAUCGCCCCGUUCUGGACACAACUCCUCGAAGCGCUCGAUGACUCCUCCUUGUCGUCUUCAUCGUCGUCGUCGCGCCGCGGAAAACAAGUACUCCUAGAAUGGCUCCUGAUCUCACUCGGCUCCUACCUCCGCCUCUCCGCCGGCAAACUCGCGGCCUCGCCCGUCCGCCAGCGCGUGCGCAACCUCGCAGACUCGCUCUACCCCGCCUUCGUCACGAGCACGAUCGAGCGCGGCCAGAUCCGCGUGCUCGUCGACCGGCUCGAGGAGAUCUUGCUCGAGUGGCCGUUCUCGGAGGAUGCGAGGCUCAGAAGGUAUUUCGGCAUGGCGUUGCUGUGCGUCGGGCGCACGGACGAGGGCGUAGCGGAGCUCGAGAGGAUUGGGCAGGGCGAGGAUGUUGCGAUGGCGGCGAAUGAUGUUCCUAUGCUGGACGACUACUACGACGACGACGGCGACCAUAAUCACUACUACUAGACUACUACUAGACUACUACUAGACUACUACUACGACUAGUCUAUAUUUUGUAUAUACACACACACUACCACAUGAACCGCUGUUCCACCCCCGGCUCCUGAGGCCACUCGAACGGCUUCAUUAUAAAGACGCCGAUCGUGACCGCGUUGAUGAGCAAGUACCAGCAAAUCUCAAAGUUUUCCGCCACCACCCGCUCGCGCUCUCUUUCCUCCGCCCGCCGAACCUCGUCCUCGAGGUUCACAGAGGAGUCAUCAGACAACUGCGUGGUGACCGCUGCCGCCGCCGUCGGAGUGGCCGCGACGCGCAGCCGCCAGAUUAUAUACGGCACGAUGUAAUACCGACACUCGAUCAACGGACUCGGGACCAGCACCGCCGCGCACGCACCGGCAAA